GCUCCGCUGCCCCUUCGUCCUGUACUCCCUCUUCCCCCCUGCUCCUGCUCCGCGGCCUCCUUGACCCCUUCAGUCAUCCCUUCCUCUUAUCCUUCCUUGCCUCCUCGGAGCUUUCCUUCUCCCUCUUGUCCUUCUGUCCUGCGUUGUUUCCUCAUCCCUCCUCUGCCCUCCCUUCCAGGUCCCCUGGCACAUCCUCCCCUUGUGUCUCCCUCCAGUCCGGUUCUCCUCCCUCCAGCUGGCUCCUGCUUUCUCCACUUUCAUCCUGGCUCCCUCCUGCCAACGCAGUGGCUUCCCACAGCAGGAAAUGCAAGGGACAAGUUGGGAAAUGGGGAUUCUUUAUCUUUGUUCAGGAGCCUAAGGUUGCUUGCUGAUCACAAGAAGAUGUUUCUGUGGCUCUUUCUGGUUCUGUCAUCUCCAGUUUCUUCUACAACUGCAGAUGCUGAUAUAUCUGUGGAAAUUUGCAAUGUUUGCUCCUGUGUGUCAGUUGAGAAUGUACUCUAUGUCAACUGUGAGAAGGUUGCAGUCUACAGACCAAAUCAGCUUAAACCACCAUGGUCUAAUUUUUACCACCUCAACUUUCAAAACAACCUGCUAAUUGUUCUAUAUCCAAAUUCCUUUCCUAAUUUUACACAUGCAGUGUCCUUGCAACUGGGUAAUAAUAAGUUGCAGAACAUUGAGGGAGGGGCCUUUAUGGGUCUUAGUUCAUUAAAACAGUUGCACUUAAACAACAACGAAUUAAAGAUUCUCCGGGCUGACACUUUCCUUGGCAUAGAGAACUUGGAGUAUCUCCAAGCUGACUACAAUUUAAUCAAGUUUAUUGAACGGGGAGCCUUCAAUAAGCUUCACAAGCUGAAAGUCCUGAUACUUAAUGACAAUCUGAUUUCAUUCCUUCCCGAUAAUAUUUUUCGAUUUGCUUCUCUAACCCAUCUGGAUAUACGGGGGAAUCGAAUACAGAAACUUCCAUACAUUGGAGUUCUGGAGCACAUCGGGCGAAUUGUUGAAUUGCAGCUGGAAGACAACCCCUGGAAUUGUACUUGUGAUUUGUUGCCUUUGAAGGCGUGGCUGGAGAACAUGCCCUAUAACAUCUACAUUGGAGAAGCGAUCUGUGAGACACCCAGUGACUUGUAUGGAAGGCUGCUGAAAGAAACCAAUAAGCAGGAGCUGUGCUCCAUGGGGACAGGGAGUGAUUUUGACGUGCGCAUCCUGCCUCCCUCGCAGCUGGAGCCCGGUUACAGCACACCAAACGGCCACACCACCCAAACAUCGGUGCACAGAUUAGUCACAAAGCCGCCAAAGACUACAAAUCCUUCGAAGAUCUCGGGGAUAGUAGCAGGCAAAGCGUUCUCUAAUCGCAAUCUCAGUCAAAUCGUAUCCUACCAGACCAGGGUGCCUCCUUUAACUCCUUGCCCGGUCCCUUGUGUUUGCAAAACUCAUCCUUCAGAUUUGGGAUUAAGUGUAAAUUGCCAAGAAAGAAAUAUAGAAUCCAUGGCUGAACUCGUACCAAAACCUUUAAAUGCCAAGAAACUGCAUGUGAACGGCAAUUAUAUUAAGGAUGUGGAUACUACAGAUUUCGCCGAGUUUGAGGGGCUGGAUUUGCUACAUUUAGGCAGCAAUCGGAUUUCAGUGAUCAGAGGAGACGUUUUCCGCAACCUUACAAAUUUACGGAGAUUGUAUCUCAACGGCAAUCAGAUAGAGCGCCUGAGCCCUGAAAUGUUUGCUGGCCUCCACAACUUGCAGUAUCUGUAUUUGGAAUACAAUGUUAUCAAAGAGAUCCUAGCAGGCACCUUUGACUUAAUGCCCAAUUUACAGUUGCUCUACCUGAACAACAAUCUUCUCCGAAGCUUGCCAGCGUACAUUUUUGCUGGUGCACCACUUGCUAGACUGAAUCUGAGGAACAAUCACUUCAUGUAUUUGCCUGUAAGUGGUGUUCUUGAUCAGCUAAAAUCUCUUACACAAAUAGAUUUGGAAGGUAAUCCAUGGGACUGCACUUGUGAUUUAGUUGCUUUAAAACUGUGGCUUGAAAAGCUAAAUGAAGGUAUUGUGGUGAAGGAGUUGAAAUGUGAAACACCUGUACAGUUUGCUAACAUAGAACUUAAGUCUCUGAAAAAUGAGAUCCUCUGUCCUAAACUUUUAAACAAGCCAUCUGCUCUGUUCACUAGCCCUAUGCCUGCUGUUACUUUUACAACACCACCGGGACCGGUUCGGAGUCCUCCUGGUGGCCCAGUUCCAUUAUCCAUCCUAAUCUUAAGCAUAUUAGUUGUGCUGAUUUUAACAGUGUUUGUUGCUUUUUGUCUUCUCGUUUUUGUGCUUCGGCGCAACAAAAAACCGACUGUAAAGCACGAAGGGAUUGGAAAUCAAGAGUGCAGUUCUAUGCAGCUGCAGCUGAGAAAGCACGACCACAAGUCAAACAAAAAAGAUGGACUGGGUGCAGAGGCCUUCAUUCCUCAAACCAUUGAGCAGAUGAGCAAAAGUCAUACCUGCGGCUUAAAGGAGUCUGAAACGGGCUUCACGUUUGCUGACCCACCAGGGCAAAAAGUCAUUCUGAGAAAUAUUAAUGACAAGGAGAAAGAUUUGUUGCAUGUGGAUACCAGAAAAAGACUUAGCACAAUCGAUGAACUGGAUGAGUUAUUUCCUGGGAGGGAUUCCAAUGUAUUUAUUCAAAAUUUUCUGGAAAGUAAAAAAGAAUACAACAGCAUAGGGGUCAGUGGCUUUGAAAUACGUUACCCAGAGAAACUACAAGACAAAAAAACCAAGAAAUCACUAAUAGGUGGUAAUCAUAGUAAAAUUGUAGUAGAACAAAGAAAAAGUGAAUAUUUUGAACUAAAAGCUAAACUUCAAGGUUCACCUGACUACCUACAAGUCCUUGAAGAACAAACAGCUUUGAAUAAAAUAUAGGUCAUACAAUCUUAUUGCCUACAGAGGACAUUUAUUUAAUGAUGAAAGUGCCUUUUGUUGACUUUUAACUUCCAAAUACUAUAUUAUAUUGGUAGGCAUAGAGGCAGGUGUAUCCAGGGGUGUCUGAUUAACUGUAGCUGCGUAUGAUUUGUCGAGUAGAGGAGAAUUUCCUUAAUAGAUUUUACUACAUAAAGCUCAUGCCCAGUGGAAUCCUGUAAGGAUACUGCAAACUCUAUUGCCAAAGGGAUGCUUUAUACACGUUACACUGAAUUUAACCUCAAGAGGCAUAUAUGUUUUGUAUCUUAAAUGCAAACCAUCGUCUCCUUGUGAUUUGUUAGAACAAACACAAGAAACCUGGUACUGAUAUUUGUACCUCAGCUGGGUCCUUCAUCCUGCACGUGGAUUUAAGUUGGUGGAACUGGAGUAAUCCUUUGAUUUGUGGUGUUGUAAUGGCACUGUUUAAAGCUUAUCUGGAAAGUAACAAGCAUGCAAAGAGAGAACAUUCAAUAGUAUGUGUAAAUUGGUUACAUUUAUGGGCUGCAUCUUGAAACCACUGGAAUUAUAAUGUUAAAUUGUGCAAAUAUUUGUUUAAAAUAUACCAUGCAUUACAUACCUAUGGAAUAAAUUUGACCACUUGAAGCAUACAUGUCUAUAGAGAAAAUUAAAAAAAAAAAAAAAGAAAGAAAAUAGUUUAACCUGACUUCUGCAGUAUUUGUGACAUCUGAAGAAAAUAUUUGAUGUUUAUGCAGAAUCUGUUCUAAGACUCAUCUCCAAUUAAAACUAGAAUUCCUUCUCAGUUAUGUGAAACUCUUGCAACCCAACAGGUUGUCCAAAAAUGUCAAAGUGCUUACUGUGUGAGCGUGGCAGAAAUUAUUUUUGUAAUAUAAUUCAUAUUUAUGAAAUACUUUGUAUACUAAAUAGGAAAGAAUAUGUACUCCUUAAUAUGUAUUUAAUAUGCCUGACUUGUUUUCCUGAUCACACUGCAUUAAUCAUUCAGUAUAAAUAAAACCAGAACAAUAUACCAAACAGCAACCGGGGAUGUAAUGUAUAGCAUUAUCCAGAAUUAAGUGAUCAGAUAUAAUGAUAAUAAUAAUAAUAAUAAUAAAAAAAAAUUGUUCUGUACUAUUCUUGUGAGAUUAGCAUAUUAUCUUAUUUCAGAUUUGUUACCAAUGGUGCGUUUUAAAAUAGAUUCAUUAGUUUUUUUAGUAUUGUGUCUCGGGCAAUUAUUUGCCACCAGUUUUCUUGAUUUUCAGGUCUCUACAGCUUAACUUAAAUAGUUUUCACUACAAGUAUUUACAGAAAUUCAUGCUAAGGGUAAUAUUUUAAUUGGAUAUGCAGAAGUUUUCUGUUCUUGUUAUCUCUCUGACUUCUGUUAGUCAGCAAAACCUGAUCAGAACAGUGAACAAUAUGGCAAAUCAUGUCUAUUUAAAACCACAGUGUAAAAUGAAUAUAGUGGUCUCAGUUCAGAGUAUUGUGUAGCUCAUACCUAGAGAGUAAAAACUUGCCUUUGAGAAAGCUGAAUCUUAAUAGCUAGGGAAAAAAAAAGUAGGAGAAUGGAAAAUCCCCACUGUAUCUCACUGAUAGAUGGUACUUUGACAUGAGAAUGGAGAUAUAUUGGUAAAGCAUCCCAGAAAAAAAUCUAUGCAAUGAGAUUAACAAAAGUUCUUUGUCUUCAUGAGCUUUGAAUAAGACUCUCUUCCCUCCUUUGCUUCCAGAACAUUUACCCCUCCCAACCUUUUAUAAUCAAUAAGUCAGUUAAGAUAGUAGGAUAUAAACGUGAAUGUUUUUCAUGAAUUUGAAACUAGAAAAAUUAGAGCAAGACCCAAUAAUAAUUCUGUGGAGAAGGCUGUGUCAGCUAUUUCCAAUAUAAACCUCUAAUUUCAGGGCUUUAUUACAGUGAUUUGAAAUUUUUGUUCUGGAAUGAUACUUGGCAACCAGUCUGCAGUAUAUUUUUAACAAAAUAUAUAAAAAAAAAGAAAGCACUGCUUCUUUAUUUAAGAGAAAGCAAACAAAACAUUUCUCUACUUUUAGCCAUGUGUUUAUGCUCUUGUGGCUUAGAAAGAGGGUUGUUUUAUUAUUUUUCUCCAUACUUCGAAGUAUAUAGAUGACUUCAGAUAAUAAAAUUAUAACAGAUGAAUUAAUGGCUGAGUUUCUUUCAAAAAAACUGUGGCUAUCUGUGCAGAAUAAUUAAUGUAAUUCAGAAUGUCAUAGGGAUUUUCAGGACAUGGAUACUAUAUACAUAUGCAUUUCUAGCAUGAAAAGUUCCUGAUUGACCAAUGAUACAAUACAUGGCCAAGGCUGUAAAACGAAUAUAUGAGUUUGUUGUCCUUGUUGAUUAAGGAGUGUUAAUAAUGCACUGACAUGGUAGACUCUGGUGGCUCCAUCAGCAGGCUAAGGAUGAGGGGUCACUGUGCCUGCUCCACUCAGUGCUGUGUGGUUUUGAGGAUGUGUCCAAGUUCACUGGGAUUUGCCAAAGCAGGAGGCUUCUGACACACUCAGUGCAUUGUCAGACUGUCAUGUCCCUCUCCCUGCUUGAGAGAGACAGGUGUUAGAAAUAUUAAAAGUAGCAAAUAAGCCAGUACUUUUAAGUGAUGAUAAAACUGACGUGCUUAUGACUCACGUUGCCCUGAGUUAAAAGAACAAUUAUAAAUGACCAUACCUUCCUCAGCUAAAAAAUUGAGGGGAUUUGGUUUUGUUUUGAGGGGAGGGGUGUUGUUUUUUGGGUUUUUUUUCUCGUUUUUGGUUUUUGUUCUGUUCUUUUUGUUAUGUUGUCUUCUAUUUGCUGAUCAAAAGAAGAAGAAGAACUGAUCUGUUAUGCUGUACCAUUACAGUGGGGUCAGAGUUUCCUCACCACUGAGGUCCCAAUCCAGUAAAAGCGUUUAAGCUCAACCUAAAUCCUGUGCAGAGGUACUAUUCAUGAGCUAGUAAUUACAUACCUGCCCAAGAGUGGGGCUUAGAUAGAGUUUUGUCAUUGACUUCAAAACAAGCCAGCUCAGAACCAUUGUAUAUAACACACAGAGCCCAGAGACUCUUUUGGGGUUAUGCAGUUGAGUGUAGGUUCACCAGCAUCACUAAAGGUUGCACAAUCCGGACCUUCCUGUAGAAAUCGUUCCUAAGUGUUUGACAAUAUAUGGUGCAAUAUGUAGGCAUAAUAGUGUGAGUGAAGAAUGCAAAAGCUGGCAAAACACUAUAUUUCUGUGAAAUUGUCACUUUGAAUGGCAACCUUAAUGUCAGUUUAUUUUCUCCAUGUUUUGAAGCGGUGUAUGUGUCUGCACAGCAGUUUUAGUGUAAUGUCCAUUCAAAUCUCCAGUCAGUCUUUCUGAGAAGGUGACUCUUCGGAUGUGGCUUAACAGGUCUGUCUGUUCAUUAUCUUGGUUUGAGUGGCCAUGCUUGUAAAAUGGCUGUUAAGACCCAUAGACAUAAACUAAACCAGUGAAGGUGUUAACAUAAUCUGUCGUCUCCACUGUAUUAUAAGGAAGUUUCCGUUUUUAAAUAAAAUCAAUAAAGUGUAAUUGUUUCCUUGAAAAAAAAAAGAAAAAAAUUGUGCAAUUUUCUCAAAAAAGCAAAUACCACGGUGCAAGAACACAAGACCAGGUGAUUUAUGUUUUGCAUUUAGUGUUCAAGAUUGAUAAUAAUGCAGCAAUCUAGUAUAAAAAUCUUUUUUAAAUGCCUUUUUUUUUUUUUAAAGCCAUAAGUUAUAAAGGCAUGGCCUUGUGAAUAAUGUUAACAAAUGUUUCAGAAUCAAGAAAAAACAUCCAGAACUUGAUGGUGGUAUAAUAUCUAUAAUAUCUUUUGCAUGAUUUGUAUGUUGAUAUUGUAUGAAAUGAGCACAGUGAGACUUUUUUUUUUUUUGGUUGCAUCCAAAGAGUUAGGAAGGAAAUAUAACAAGAAUGUAUUUAUAAUCACUCUAUUUUGAAAUAAAGUAAAGAAAACAAAAUGUAUUGGCUUUACCCUGUUUUGAUCAUUGCUAUUAUAGUUUAAGAUAGUUACUUAUGACAUCCAGCCCAAUGUAAAACACAGAAAGCUAUUGUUUAUUAAUUUUGUUUGCCUUCAUCAACAUCAAAAUACUAGCCAGUGUUGACUUCAAAAUUUGUAUGAAAUAUUAAUAAAAUUGUUUGGUACUAUUGUAUUUCUGAAA